AUGAAAAGAAAAUAAACCCAAAAGAUUGAAUUUGAAUAACCUAUUGGUAAAAGUUAAAAUCCUGAAAUCCCCAAAAGGCCAAACUCUGGCAAAUUAACUCCAAUCAUUAAAUCGCCUUUACCUCCUCGGAAGGCUACUCUAUCAUAACAUCAUAAUCAAAAGAAAUAACAAUAAGAACCUCUUUAAUCUCAGGACAUCAAAGUUAUUUAAAUUCGAAGUAUGACUCCAAAUCAACAAAAACUAUUUCAGCAUAAUAACCCAAGUCCAAUUAAAUUAGUAUAAAAAUAGCAAAUUGCUCAAUCAGAAAAGAAAAUUAUUGUUAUUCCCAAACGACCAGAAAAAUAAUAAUUUAGAAUAACAAAUAAAAUAGAUUCAUCGGUAGAAAAAAAAAAUUAACCAUUCAAAGGAAGAAGUCCAAAUCAAGAGUAAGCAUUUAAUUGGGCUAAUACUGAAUUAACAAAAGUAAAAGAUUUUUUAAAGUAGAAAUAAAAUAAUAUAAGAGAAUAACAUUAUAAAUAGACAAAGCAAGAAGUUUUCAAACAUCAACCAAAAUGUGCAUAAGAUUUCUCAAUGACUUCUCAUAAAAAUGAUUUGCCUUAAUUAUUAAAAAAUUAUUAAUAAGAGAUAAAAGAAGUUCGUUAGUAAUACAUGCAUGAAAAUUCACCUCCAUUAAAUAUGAGUGAAAUUAUGGAAAUCAAUGAAGAUGGCCUUUCCUCUUUAGCACAAAGCACCUAUCAUCAUUAGAUGCAUUGA